ACCUCGUAGAACGUAUCCCCGAGAAACAAUCUUUUCCCCGGGAAAGCGCUGCUGACGAGCUUCGCGGAGGGGGCCGGCCGUCGCGUGCGCGCUGCUCGUGGGAAUCAGCCUCCCUUGGCCCCUUUGUGCAGGUUUUUCCCCCCUCCCUUGCCCUUGGCUUGCAACUGAUGCUGCUGAUCCAGGAAGAGAAGGCUGCCUCCUUGAACUGUUGAGCCCCAAUCGAGCUGAGCAUUGGGGGCGGAGAGAGGGGGCUUCUCUUUGGGGCGGCGGCUUUGUUUUAUCUAUUUAUUUAUUUAUGUAUUUAUUUUCCUUCUGCACCUCGGGUGUUUUUUGCAAGCAGCUGAGCUGGGGACUCUGAUGCACCCGUUCCAGUGGUGUAACGAUUGUUUUAAAGAGACCAAAAGGAACGUUUCGGGAUGGUUCGCAGGGGAGGGAGGAGAAAUUGAGGGCAUUCUUUCGCUCCGAGGAUGCUUCUGUGGUUUGGGGCUGGUUUACACCAACAAAUCCUGCACGAUGCCUCCCAUCACAUUCCAGGACUUGCCGCUGAAUAUCUACAUGGUGAUUUUUGGCACGGGGAUCUUCGUCUUUGUGCUCAGCCUCAUCUUCUGCUGCUACUUCAUAAGUAAACUUCGACAUCAGGCACAGAGUGAAAGAUUUGGAUACAAAGAGGUGGUUUUAAAAGGUGAUGCCAGAAAGCUAAACUUACAUGGGCAGACUUGUGCCGUCUGCCUAGAAGACUUUAAAGUGAAAGAUGAGCUGGGAGUGUUGCCAUGCCAACAUGCCUUCCACAGAAAGUGCCUCGUGAAAUGGCUGGAAGUUCGCUGCGUCUGCCCCAUGUGCAACAAGCCCAUCGCAGGCCCUGCGGAGCCUCACCAGAGCAUUAGCAUCCUCUUGGAUGAGCUGGUGUGACGUCCAGCCUCCCACUUCCCCCAAAGCAGACCUUCUACUGACAUAGAUGAUUGCCUGGGCGAGGGGUCCGCACUAAAACUCGUGCCCCCAGCUUCAGAGACUUCCCACUAGGGACUGUCUCCUCCUCGAAGGAGGCAAAGGGGGAAUUGUACCUAGUGCCAACAAGCUGGCCUUGUUGUGCGUCCCCGGUCUGGGGGUAAAUUUUGGGGGAAGGUUGGUCAAACCUGUAACAGGUUCUGCGUUUGUCUCGGUCCUUCAGCACACAAAAGGGCUUAGGAGCAGAGGACAUCCUACAAGGACAACACAAGUCUCUCGCACUUGGUUCCUACAACAGGACGUUACGAUGCCAAGUCUUCCCUUCGUCUAGGAAAUACUGGUCAGAACCAAUUGCUGGGUGAUGACCCCAACCCCAAGUCCCUUGGCUAUUUUAGCAGGCCUAAUGAACUCUUCCUAGGAAGCCAGUUCCCCAACCCCACUUGGGCCCCUCCUCAGAAGGGUCCGUUUUACGAUUAAAAUCGGGAGCUUUAGCUUGGGCGCCGCCUGAUCUAGACCAAUCGCAGGGUUCUUCUCCGCAAAACCUAGAGUCCAUGUUUACAGUAAGACUUAAAUGGAAACCUCCUGGCUGCUGCAGAAGACACUCCCCACCAAAACCCGUGUCCACACCAUGAAUUUUGAAGCACUCCUGCACUCCUACAAAAGCCAGGGCUUUCCUAAAGGAAUCCUGGGAACUGUAGUUUGAGGGUAUGGAGAGUUGUAUAGGAUACAGCUAUAGUUCCCAGAAGCCUUAACAAACUCGAGUUCGCAGGAUUCUUUGAGGGGAGCCAUGGCUGUUCAAAGUGGUGCAAGAGUGCUUUAAAUGUAUGGUGUCGAUGCGACCUGUGGCUUUCAGAGCACAAAGGUGUUUUUGCCUUUUCCACGUAGCUGCAUUAGAAGUGGG